AGAAACCCUCGACGCCGCAUUGCUCCAUCUCAGGCAAGGUUUUCCUCGGCAACGAAAUCACCCUCCGUUGCGCCUCUCAAACCGGCACCCCUGCCCUCAUGUACCGCUGGGCCAAAAUGGCAGAUUACCCUCUCGAGAGUGGGCUGCCUGAAAAUACCAUGGCAGGUUCCAGUCCUGGAGAUCUGGUCAUUCACAAAGUAUCACCUAAACAUUUUGGGAUUUACCAGUGCAUCGUCUCCAACAAAGUUGGGUCCGCUCGGUGCACAUUAGAGGUCUCACAUGAUUCCCCACUUCUGACCAUCAUCGUGGGGGCUGUGCUGGGCUCGCUGCUUUUCCUGGUGCUGCUCAUCUGCCUCAUUGUCUGUCUUGUCCGCUGUUGCAAGAAGAAGCGCGGCCAGAAGGAAUCCAACCAAAUCAGAGUAGACACCGCUGCCCCCAGGCCCAGACCGGACAGCCGCAACAGCAGCCUGCGAUCCGUCUUGGGCUACCUCCCCCAUAACAUCAGCUUCAUGCAACGCCGGAAAUACGAGUCUCCCCUGGAACAAGAAGGGGUCGAGAUGGUCUCUGCGAAUCGGGACCCAGAGCUGAGUCCGAAUUCCUGCGCCUCACCCCCGGCCAGCGGCCAUCCUCCCAUGGUCACCACCAAGGCCCGCGUUCAUUACGACCCCAGUGGGCCUUCCUACAGCCACGCGAAAUCGGCCGCCUCGGCGUCUUCUCAACCUCCGUGCCACGAGAGCCCCAAUUCAGAUUCUCCCACUUGUGACCGGGACGCAAGCCACGGAAAACGGAGCCACCCGGGACAAUUUGGCGGUGUUCCUGUAAUGAUUCCGGCUAAAACCCGCGAUGGGCUCGUCAUUUAAAUGUCCUGCUAUAUUUUUUUUUAUCCCCCUGAACUUUUUUGCAAAUGGUGGGGUCACAGUUCCAAAAUGCCAGGGAUCUAAUCUUGGAGCCGGUUAUUAUUAUUUUUUAAAAUGCAAUAAUUUGCUGUUUUCCAACCUGCUGCCUGCAGACUACAAUGCCAC